GUCGCACCAUCAGAAAUUUAUGGCUGUAACUUUGCUGUACUUUUCUUCUUUUAAUUUUUGACACCCCGAAAACAGAUCCAUUUUGUUUUGGUGGCAACCUAGUGUCGGCUGUUGUGUGUGUAUAAUAUGGCGUAACCUCAAUGGUUUCGAUCAAUUCACUCACUGCGUCGUUUCUUCACCAGUAUUUGAACGCCAUGGCUUGUCAAAACCAGUAAAAUAGUGCCUUCACUAAAUCAGAGUGUCUUAUUAGUGUCAGUUAGACUCCGCAAGUAUGUUUCGAGUCAGUUCUUGUCGACCUGUGCGUCAAGCACUUCGCCCCGACUUUCGUCUUUGCCACCGAGACUUUCAUCAACUAACAACAAAACCGUUUAUUGUCAAUCAUUCUCAAGUUUGUCGGGAUACCCUGCUGCCUAGAAGUAACAAGGUCAGGCACAUAAUAUUGCGAGAAUAUCGAGCUGUGUGCUCCUUGCUAUUGCGAUCAGGAUUUUCAAGAGCUGACUUGUCUCUUGCAAAAGCACUGUCGGCAAACUUGAGCCGUGGCUUCCACACAACCUCCUCAAAUGGCGAAAGAAAACAAAAUGAAAAAGAUGACAAAAAAGAUGACAAGAAAGAGGAAACGCCAGAGUCUACUAAAUUUCUUCAAGUUGUGGCUAAGACUUUGACGUACUUUGUUGUUUUCCUCUUUAUUACUUCCUUGUUUGCCCCCAAUACUGGCCGAGGUCCAUCACAGGUUUCUUGGCAAGAAUUUGUUCAUCAGAUGUUAGCCAAAGGUGAAGUGCAACAAAUUAUUAUAAUGCCAGAUGUUGGAAUAGCACAUGUCAUUUUGCAUGAAAAUGCAAUUCUGAAUGGGAAACCUGCUCGUAACCGAAUAUUUAAAAUGCAAAUACCAGAUACUGGCUCUUUUGAAGAGAAACUUCGGGAAACUGAGAAGCAACUGGGUAUUAGUCCAGGAAAUGGUGUGCCAGUAGUGUUUGAAAGGUUGACGGAUAGUGUUUGGCCAACAUUGGCUGUAACCCUCCUCAUUGGCUUUAUAAUUCUAAACCUCUCAGCAGCAAUGAAAUCGAAAAAUUUCCUUUCUAAAAUGCAAAUGCCUUGGUCUAACUUCACUAAAGCCAAAUUCACCCUAGUAGAUCCUAGACUGAAAGCUGUUGGAAAAGGAGUGAAGUUUGAUGAUAUUGCUGGUUUGAAAGAAGCAAAGACAGAAGUUAUGGAGUUCGUUGACUACCUCAAAAGGCCAGAACUUUACAAACGCUUAGGUGCCAAGGUACCUAAAGGAAGUUUGCUUUUAGGGCCCCCUGGGUGUGGCAAGACUUUAUUAGCAAAAGCUGUUGCAACAGAAGCUAACGUACCUUUUCUCUCCAUGAAUGGUUCUGAAUUUAUUGAAGUUGUUGGUGGCCUUGGAGCUUCUAGAGUGAGAGAUUUAUUCAAAGAAGCUCGCCGUCGGGCCCCCUGUAUUGUGUACAUAGAUGAAAUUGAUGCUAUUGGCGGAAAGAGAUCAAAUGAAAUAGAAUCUAAUAGUGAAAAAAUCCAAACUCUGCUUCAGUUGCUUAUAGAAAUGGAUGGCAUGGCUUCUAAUGAGGGAGUCAUCAUGUUAGCAUCAACUAAUCGGUCUGAAGUACUUGAUGAGGCUUUGCUACGCCCUGGCAGAUUUGAUCGCCACAUUUUAAUUGGGCAACCAACUCUUAUUGAGCGCAAAGAAAUAUUUGAAGUGUACCUCAACAAGCUCCAACUGGAUAAUCCAGCUACACACUAUUCAGGCAGACUAGCUCAACUCACACCAACCUACAGCGGUGCUGACAUUGCCAAUAUAUGCAAUGAGGCGGCUUUGCAUGCAGCUGGACUUGAUCAAAAGCAAAUCACUGCUGCUGAUUUGGAAUAUGCUGUUAGUCGAGUAAAGUAUGGCAGAGAGAAAAAGGACCGCACCAUUCGGGUGGAUGAGAGAAAACAAAUCGCGUAUUACCAGGCUGGCCGCACCAUUGUUGGGUGGAUGCUGAGACACACUGAUGCUUUAAUGAAGGUUUCUAUCAUUCAAUACACCUCUGGUGUAGGCAGCAUGCAACAUUUCCGGCCUGCAAGCUUUCUUACUUUCAAAGAAGAGCUCUAUGACCGUAUGACCAUGUACCUAGGCGGUAAAGCAGCUGAGUUGCUAAUGUUCCAUCAGAAUUCAACUCAAGCUGAAUCAGACCUCAAAAAAGUAACAAAUGUAGCUUAUAACAUGAUUACAAGUUAUGGAAUGAAUGAUGCUGUUGGAGAGGUAUCAUUUCCUCCAACUGAUGAUGGCAGCAAGCGAUUUUACAGCCGAAAGCUCCAAGGCGUAAUUGACUUUGAAGCUCGGAAACUUAUUGCUGAGUGUUUCAUUUCUGCAGAAACCAUCAUCAAAGAGCAUUCCGACAAAUUAACAAAGGUGGCUGAAGAGCUUCUGAAAAAGGAAACCCUGACAUAUGAAGAGAUAUGCCAGCUUAUAGGACCACCACCCCAUGGUCACAAAACUUUAGUUGACAUUGUUGAAUUCGGACCUGAAGCAAAUGCAUCAACUGGCGAGGCCCAAACAGCUCCACAUAGAGAUGAAAAAGAGUCAAAUGAAGAAGAGUCCUCACAAAAAUGAUCAGAAUCAGAUUAUUUAUUUCAUUCAAUAAUAAUAAUUGAUUUGUUAAUU